AUGGCCGAGUUCACGCGUCAGCGGGGCAAGCGGGAGGAUGACAGUGGGCUGGGCAGUGUCCUCGACCUGCUGUUGGCCAACGCCAGGCUGGUGCUGGGCGUAAGCGGCGCGGCUGUGCUGGCCAUCGCCACGCUGGUCGUCAAGAGGCUGAUUGACCGAGCCACCAGCCCUCGAGAUGAUGGUGACCCCAAAGCUGAGCAGAAGACCCUGGAGGAGAGCUGGCAAGACUUGGCCUUGAUCAAGGCAACACCAAAACCUCCCAAGAAGCAGAGAAGGGAAGACCUCAGUGUGCCUCUACUCUCUCCAGCUCGGCCAGCAGUGCCAGAGCUCAAGGUCUGCACUGCCCCUCUGGAGACUCCUCGGGUGGAACCUAGCCCUCCACGUUGCCUCACACUGCAGGAGAAGCUCCUCUCUCAUUACAGCAGCUGGCUGGCUGUGCCCAAGGUGCAGGCAUCCCUCACCCCACAGCUGGCAGGGAGCAUCUGCACCCAACUGCAGAACUUCCUGCGGAGCAAGUGCCCAGAGCUGCCCUUUGGCAGCCUCUUCCUCAGUGGCCCCCUGCUUGAUGGCCUUGGAGCUCUGUCUGCUGACCACAUCCACUUCAUGCUGCCAGUGGUCCUUGACACCACGCUCUGGAGCCUCAUCCCAGGAGAGGACACCGUGGUGAGGAACCCCCAGUACUGGAUGAUCAAGAGAACCGACCUGGAGUAUUUCCCUCGUGGGUCUAGCCCCUGGGACAGGUUCAUCGUGGGCCAGUACCUCUCCUCCAACACACUCAAUGAGAGCCUCCACAAGAUGCUGGUGGCUUCCAUCAACUGGCCGGCCAUAGGCAGCCUGCUGGGGAGCGUCAUCUACCCUGUUGUGGCCUCCCAGGAUCUGAAGCUGGAAGUCAAGCAUGAUCAGGUGGAGCUGAGCAUCACUCUCUUCCCCAUGGUGGAAAUGGAGGGCAGGGUUCUUCUGUCUGCCCCUCCUGAAGGACUGGUGGAAAACCUCUGGCUUGAGAGCUUUGCCAGGGCAGAGGCAUUGAAGGUGAGGGAGCUGGAUGCCGGCGACUCCGGGGCGCGGCAGCUCUGCCUCCGCAUCCUGGACAGCGUCUGCAGGAGCCACCCCACCCUGCACAAGCUCAGCGGCAGCCCCUUGGCCCACGUCGUGCUUCACCUCAGUGCCACCACUCUGGACUGGGCAGAAGAGAGCCUGGCUGACAGGUUCCUGCAGGUGCUCGAGGAGCUGGUGGGCUACCUGGAGAAAGGGGUCCUGCCUUCCUACUUCAACCACAAAAUCAACCUCCUGGGUGAGCUGCUGGAAGAGGAAAUCGAUGAGAUGGGAUUCAUGCUCUACAGAGCCGUAUCUGAGCCAGAGCUCCUGCUGAAGGACAAAUGACCAGUGAGUGGGGAGCUCCUGAACAUAAGGUGUUCCUCACCCACCUGCUCCUCCUCCUCCUGAGGGUUGUGAUGCUUCUAGUUGACUAGUCAGUAAGAGGCAAACUUCUUGCACUUUAUGAGGAAAACCCAAACAUUUCCUGUCUGAAUAAAAUGUGCCUGAUCAGAGCUGGGUGUCGGCACCUGCCACAUCCAGGAUGAGUGCAGCCCACAUCUCAAAUACCUACAGGUGAGUCUUACCCACUGGGAGCAGACUGGAAGCAUGUUUGUUCUGAUUCCAAGUGUCCCUUGCCUGUUGUCCCAGCUGUCAGGCUCCCCUCAUGCUCUGAGACCAGCUGGAGGGGAGCAAUUUCUUGCUGCUGCUGUGUCCUGCAGACCCCACAGGCACAGCGUCCUGGGUGCUGGGUGGGUCCUUUUGCCAGCACCCAACUUGGUCUUACUGUGCCAUGCCCCUCACCUGUCUGUAGGAUGUUGCCAAUCUGAAAUAAAGCCCCAGUAGAUGCCCUGGGUGGUUGUCUGGGCUCUUGAAGGUACAGCCAUAGCAAACAGGGCUGUGGGGUCUUCCUUGGGGAAACUCUUCCAGCUGCCAAAGAGGGUGAGCUCAGCCCUACCUCUUCAUUCUACCAGUACUGGUUCUGCCCUGAGGAAGGGAUGUGCUCUCAGCAUGCUGCUGGGGCUUUGUGGCUCUUGUCCCACAGCAGUCUGGCUGCAAGAUGUCCCAAAAAACAUCUGUGGUGGCAGAGUUGCUGAUUCCUGGGAGGCUCCUGAUGUUGGUCUCUUGGUGGAGGCUGCAGCAGGGCUGAGUCUCCUCCCUGGUGGGUUAAGUCUCUGCCAGUGUCCCUCUGGGGGUGCUUGCUGCUCUGCAACGAACCCCAACGUCCCUCCUAGCCUGUCCAGUGACCUUUUCACACAUGUAUUGCUGCUGUCCUGGGGUCCUGUUCCCCCCAGGCCCUAUGGUGUAGAGCAGGGAUGAUGCUCAGAGAAGAGUCUUGCAAGAACUGAAGUGGUCUGUGCUUUUAUGAAGAUUUGUUUUGUUUAGGUGUUUUGUUGUGGUUUUGUUGGUUUUUGGUUUUUUGUUUUUUCCUUUGAGUGGCUGCUAGAAGACUUUGGCCCUGGCUGCAGUCCCAGGGUGACAGAAUGUAUUCUUCUAUUUAAUGGGAAGGGCUGGCUUUGCACACUGGUGUGGAGAUGGAAAAAAAAAAAACAACAAAACUCCUGUGGACUUCAAUGUGAGCAGCUGUUGUGGUUUAGUUUUCUUUACAGCUCUCUUGUUUAUGGGAGGAAUAAAAACCUCCUGCUUUUCCUCCCAGUCUGAAGAUGACUUAAGUUUGUUCCUCCAAACUAACCCCCAGGUGUUAGUGAUGAGAAUAAAC